CGAAGGGCAACCACAAGCAGUUACAACCCUAUCGAGCUUUGAAUUCAGUGAAGCCCUACGAAACUCGUAAUGAUAGAGACUGCAGAAAUACUUGCCCAGUCAAGGUCAAAAGCAUGUGCGACCUGUAUCACGAGGAAAGCAAAGUGUGACAGGGCUCGCCCAGCCUGCUCACAAUGCAUCCAAAGUGGUUGGCAAUGCCCGGGCUAUGUGAAAACAUGGAAGAAACGGGAGAUCAAAAGCCGGAAAACUCGUCCACGUUAUGAUCAAGAAUGGCUACCAGGCCAGGAACCGAAAAAGGAACCCGUGGAAUCUCGACCCAAGGGUGUGAAGGUUGCCAUUAGGCGCAAGUCCCAGGCCCAAUCAACCUUUCCAACGCCAAUAGAUCUCUUCUCCCUAUCCGCAACGCCUUCAAAUUCUUCACUCUUGGUCCGCCUCGUUGACCACCUUGGCGAUAAGAAGCCUCAAUGGAUGACAAUUAAUAACCUUGGAAGCUUCUUCCCCUUUAUUCCCCAAAGGCUCGGUCACAGCAGAGCUCUCGAUGAUGCCGUGCAGUGUAUCUGCACCGCGUAUUCAGCAUUAAUUUGUUCCAACGGAUCAGUCAUUAGCCAAGAUCGUCGGGAGUACUACCAGGCCUUAAGGAGUCUUCGGUUAGCAUGCCAGGACAAGAAUGAAGUGUUCUCAUCUAAUGUUUUAUGUGCAGCUGUCCUACUCUCCUGGUACGAGAUAUUGGCCGACAAUCUAGACAAUUCCUGGAUAACCCACAUCGGUGGUUGCGCAACCCUCGUGCAACUCCGCGGACCAUCUCGUCAUAUAUCCGGGUUCGACCACGCCCUCUUAAAAGCAGAAGAAGGUUCAAUGACCAUCGACUCCUUCCUCAAACACCACCCCUGUUUCCUGGAUACCCCACCCUGGCGCAGCAUAGUCGAUAAACCCACCGAGCUCUCCGCCGCUCGCUCCUCAGCCGUCGGCCCCGUAAACGCUACACUUGCCCGCCUCUCCACACUCAUCAACGAACUGGAUAACCUCUCUUCACUCUCCUCACCUGCAGCCUCACAGAUAGUACUCAAAUUAUGUACGUUAAGGCAGAAUGUCAAACUUCGACUGGCGCGGAGUUUGAAGGGGAAAGAGGAGAUUUAUACCCCUAUAAUAUGCUGCAAGGAUAGUAAUUAUCUCCUUUUGAUUGAUACGACACUUCUGAAGCUCCUGGAUUCCUCGGACCUGCCAGAAACUGGAUUCCCGCUGAUCAUUGCAACAUUUCCUUUCCAAGAUCAGAAUAACACUCUCCCAAUGUUCCAGGAGUACCUGGAAGGUCAAAUAUCUAGCCACUUUGAGAUGUUUAAGGAGAAGUUGAUUUUGGCCAGUAGAGCGACGCCGUUCAGUGUGCGGAAGAUGUGUUUCUUGUGUAGGGUAAUAGGCGAGGAGCGAAGGAGGAGAGAAAGGAGGCUACAUCCUGUUUGGGUGGAGUUCGAGGGGGCUAUUCACGGGGCUAGUGAGAGGGGCUGGGUGUGGAGAGUCAAGGGGGAAGUGGUGGAGUUGUGACGUUAUGCGGACUCCUAUGAAUUGUCCCGACACGGAUGGAUAUGAGGAUGAUCAAUGUGCGCAACUAUCGACCAACAUUCUCGGUCUCUGCAUACGAGCUUCAACCACACCUCACCACACCUUCGGCCCAAAAGUUUGCCCCCUCGUCACCUUCUUCUGCACUGCAAUCUGCAAAUAAUCCAACGUUCCGGCAGGUGCGCUAUUUCCCCACUAGUCCCGGAACCCCGUGCCUGUCAGAUUCAGCGCAGCAAUAAUAACAAUCGUUGCAAUUGCCAACCCGACAUCCAACCCGGCACUCGUGAUAUAAUUAAACCGCAUCCACUAGCCCCUAUAC